CCGCCGGCGGAGCUGGCGUCCUCUUCUCCACCUGUCCAUCGAGACACGUCGAGUCACUUCCUUCCCACUUGUCAUUCGAGUGCCGCCAAAUGCGGCAACAGCGGCGGCGGCGUCGCCUCUGCUGAUGCAGCCGCCGGCGGAGCUGGCGUCCUCUUCUCCACCUGUCCAUCGAGACACGUCGAGUCACUUCCUUCCCACUUGUCAUUCGAGUGCCGCCAAAUGCGGCAACAGCGGCGGCGGCGUCGCCUCUGCGGCGGCGGCGUCGCCUCUGGUGAUGCAGCCGCCGGCGGAGCUGUCGUCCUCUUCUCCACCUGUCCAUCGAGACACGUCGAGUCACUUCCUUCCCACUUGUCAUUCGAGUGCCGCCAAAUGCGGCAACAGCGGCGGCGGCGUCGCCUCUGGUGAUGCAGCCGCCGGCGGAGCUGGCGUCCUCUUCUCCACCUGUCCAUCGAGACACGUCCUGGAGCUGUCCGAGGAGCGCCAGCCCCCAGGACCCUCAACGUCAGGUUCCCAGCUGCCGUACUUCCGCCAUGCCCACACGCACACCGGCACCGUACCGCCAGGUCGGCCCUCACCGCUCUCCGCGGGCCCGCGCGCCAGUGGGCGGCCGGAAGCUGCAGGCGCUGGCGGCGGCGGCGGUCGUGGCGGUGUUGGAAAUGACCGCAACGAUACCAAUAGUGACAACAGUGAAGAUCUGAGUGACGAAGACAGCUUCUUAAUGCUGGAGGAAGUUGCGCCGCCGCCAAGGAAGCCGCCGCCGCCACCGUCAGCACCACCGGGAGGAGGUGUACGGCAGUCUUCCGUGCUGCUGCCUCCACCACCGCCCCGUGCGAGCGGAUCGCGUAACGGGAGGUUGGCGGAGGUGGCAUUCGUCGCGCACGCCCGGGGCGGCGGCGGCUCUUCAGCCGACGUCGACGGUGUCGCCCCGGUUGAAGACGGGACGGGAGCCGGCGGCGGGGCGGGGAGUGAGGACCGAGAGGGGCCUAGCCUGAUGACCAGUACCGUGCUACGUCGAGGAACAAGAGCACUGGCGCCCCCCCUGGCACCGGGCACCGGACUGCCCUCGGGAAGCCCCACAGCGCCGCGCACAGCCGCCGCCGCAUCUGCCGUACAGUGCCUUUCUGAGCUGCUACAGCUGUUACGGCUGCUGGCGGAGGGGGAUUUGGACACGGCGCGGGCUCGAGAGCGCCGCUUGCCGUUACAGCUGGGGACCCUGGCUGGUGGCGGCGGCAGCGGCGGCGGCGGUGACCCACAGCUGAGCAUCCGCCGGGGCCCUGGUGACAGCGCUGAUGGGCGUUGCUACUACUCGGCAGGGGCUACGAGCCUUGGCCAGCGUGCUACGAUGUAUGCCCAUGUUGCGCGAGAGAUGACGGCGAGGGAAGCGGCAGGUGGCGCAGUGGAGGAGCGUGUGCCUGCUAACUCCCGUGCAGCCCGUUCGGACACUCACGUCCACGGCAUGGACACCGGUCUUGGGGUUCGGUGUCGGUCCUUUGGGCUGUGA